AGCCGUGAUCUGUUCGAAACCGGGCCCGUACAUUACCACACCUUUAUUGCGCGUUGAAGCCACUAACUGAAUCGUGAAGGGUCUGUCUGCGAAUCGAGGAACUCCUGAAUGGUUCAGUUGGACUGUAUUUUACGCGUAUUUUUGUGGGAAGGUUCGGGAAGUUGCUCAAGAAUAAGUGUGUUUUAGAAGAUCAACACAAGUGAAUGGCUAUACGAAUAGAAGUGGUACUGUAAACCAAGACAUAGCCCAAAGUAGACCCUAACAUCAUUCGAUUGUGGCUUUCUUGGACCUUACUUUUGUGAUUGGAUUUUGGAUAAUAUAUAUUUUUCCCACGGAUCUUUGGAUUAGCAGAACUGUUGAAUUGAUAUAGGCUAAUAAACAUAAUACUCACCAAGAAGAAAGAUGGGGAAGAGUGUCUAGUAUUGCCAGGAGAGGAAUGCCCCAGACUGUGUGCCCAGCAGCAGGCACUAUGUUCACCCCCAGUGGCUUCAGCCCACACCUGGCCUCCACCUGCUCUGAGGCUGACCCGGUGACCGAGCCUGAGGAUGAGGGGGGCCCUCAGGAGGCCCGGGGGCCUGGGGCUUGCCUGGCCGACGGACCCCCCAUCACCUCUGCCUCACUGGACACUCUCAUCCAGCACCUGGUGCCCACCACAGACUACUACCCAGAGAAAGCCUAUGUGUUUACGUUCCUGCUGAGUGCUCGUCUGUUCAUCUCUCCUCCUGAGCUGCUGGCCAGACUCUGUGAGACCUGCAUCAAACAACAGCAGCUGGACCAGAGUCCACUGGACAUGGCUAAAGUGAGGAAGUUUGGUCCCAAGAUCCUGCAGCUGCUAACAGAGUGGACAGAGACGUUCCCCACAGACUUCAGAGAGGAGAAGAUGGUGGGCCUGUUCAAAGACAUUAUCCACAGGAUAGCACCCUGUGAUGAGGCGUACUGGAAGACACUGAAUCAGGUCCUGCAGACCCUGAGCCAGAAGCUGGCAGCCAUCGCCCAGGGAGAGGAGAGCAUCGUCAAAGUGAAUGCCUCCUCAGUCUCCUCAAUCUCUGACAAGCUGGUGGCCUUCAAGACCAAGUCUCCACCCAUCCAGAAGGACAUGCUGUCUAUCUGCAAUGACCCUUACACACUGGCACAGCAACUCACCCAUAUAGAACUGGAACAUCUGAGUCACAUUGGCCCUGAAGAGUUUGUCCAAGCCUUCGUUCAGAAAGACAAACUGGAUAGCACUCAGCCGUGUUUCAGUGAGCAGAAGAAGAAGACCACUAACUUGGAGGCUUAUGUCAGGUGGUUCAACAGGCUGUGCUACCUGGUGGCCACUGAGAUCUGCAUGCCUGCUAAGAAGAAGCAGAGAGCCCAGGUGAUCGAGUUCUUCAUCGAUGUGGCCAGAGAGUGCUUCAACAUCGGCAACUUCAACUCCCUCAUGGCCAUCAUCUCUGGUAUGAAUAUGAGUCCUGUGUCUCGGCUGAAGAAGACCUGGGGGAAAGCCAAGACUGCCAAGUACUUCAUUCUGGAGCAUCAGAUGGACCCUACUGGAAACUUCUACAACUACAGAACAGCGCUGAGGGGAGCUGCCCACAGGUCCCAGACUGCUAAUAGCAACAGGGAGAAGAUUGUGAUUCCCUUCUUCAGCCUACUGAUCAAAGAUAUCUACUUCCUGAAUGAGGGAUGUGCCAACCGCUUGCCCAAUGGCCAUGUCCAUUUUGCAAAAUUUGUGGAGUUGGCUCGUCAGGUGGGAGAGUUUAUGACGUGGAAACAAAUGGAGUGUCCGUUUGAGACAGACAGGAGCAUCCUCCACUACCUCCACACUGCUCCCAUCUUCAGUGAGGACGGACUCUAUCUGGCAUCCUAUGAGAGUGAGAGCCCAGAGAACCAGGUGGAGAAGGACAGAUGGAAAGCACUUAGAUCUAAUAUUCUGGGGAAGACAAAAGAGCUAAAAGAGCUAAAAGAGCACCAUGGCAGCUAACCCUCAGGCCAGCCCAGCGAGGGAGGGAGUCAGUGUACUCAUUGCACUACAACAAACUGUGACGGAGCCUAGCUGGUACUUAGGUGUUUUUCUACACAUGAAGAAUAGAAAUGAGGAAACAAUCAUGAUGAACAGGAUUCAUCACCAACAUGACCAGUAAAAACAAGAAAAGAAGAACAAACGUCAACAAGCAGUGAAAAGUGAAGCUAUCGUGGACACUGACUGGAGUAUUGGUUUGACUAUUGUACAUUAGCUACAUUGGGUACUGUAUGUUACUGAGGGAUAGAUCUAUCCCUCCAUCUUGUUGUAUAUGUACUCUUUGGGCUCAUGUUUGCUACCAGAGUGUUCAGUUACAGUGACAGGGAAAACUACUGCUUUUUUAAAUGAAAAUAAUACUCAUAUUAUUGUUAUAUUAUCCUAUUUCUCUAUCCCUUUAUUUCUCUCCCCCUCUUCCUCUCACACACACACACUAUUUUUCUUGUGUACGUUUUCUAUUGUACUGUAAGAAUCUGGUAAAAGUAAGAGUUACUAUGAUGUGAAGGGCACUGACUUGCCCACUUAGCUGCUGGACUGUGUUUGGUCCUCUAAAGACUACUAAUGAUGACUACUACUGAGGACUUGCAACGACUGGAGAGGCUUACAUAGACUGCAUAAUGUGUGUCUUCAGGGCCAACUCCAGGCAUAAGCGCAUAAGCGGUCGCUUAGGCCUGCGGUUGCUAGGGGGCCCCCGGGCCAAAACAUUUGUAUUCAUUUUUUUGGAACUCCGUCGGGAUCUCAACUUACUAUUGAGAGUCAAACUAGAAUAACACACCAGGUGCAAUUUAGAAAUGUGGUUGUGCAUAAGCAGUUUUUAUCUUGUUAUGUCAGUCACUCAAUUAGCUGACAAUUAGCCAUGCCAAUUAUUUUAUUGGUAGUUAGUCUAGCCAGCUAUCUAAACUUGUAAUAAUCAUGGCAAAAUAACGACCGGGCACAUGCCCAGAGGCCCUGACCUCCAGGGGACCUCCAUUGAUUUUGUUAGUCAUUCUCACUCAGAUAUCGAAUUAACAUACAGUG